UCGGGGAUCCGUACUGACGUCAGCUUAUGGAAAUUGUCAGAGUGGCAAGAUGGCUACGGAACCAAAUAAGACUGAAAUCCUGACUAUUUUCAAAAGACUGAGAUCCAUCCCCACGAACAAGGCAUGUUUUGACUGCGCAGCCAAAAACCCGAGCUGGGCGAGCAUCUCUUACGGCGUGUUCUUGUGCAUCGACUGCUCGGGCAUCCACCGCUCCCUGGGAGUUCAUCUCAGCUUCAUCAGGUCCACCGAGUUAGACUCCAACUGGAACUGGUUCCAGCUCAGAUGUAUGCAGGUCGGAGGCAACGCCAAUGCUACGUCAUUCUUCCGCCAACAUGGCUGCUCCACAAACGACACCAACGCCAAGUACAACAGUCGUGCAGCCCAGAUGUACAGGGAGAAGAUUCGACAGCAAGCCAACACCGCUUUGUCCAAAUACGGAUCAGAUCUGUGGAUCGAGUCUUCUGCAGGAAGCGCUCCUGCAGCCCCCGAGAAGAAAGAGGCAGACUUUUUUGCUGAACACACACAGCCUGCUAAUGACUGGAGCAUGGCGCAGUUCUCUGAGUCGUCAGAGCUGAACGGAUCCGCCAUUACCUCCCAGCUGACCGACACAACGGCCAAAAGCCAGGAUGACAACGCUCCAGAGGACGGACCGAGCAUCGACGGUCUGGGCACGUCCCCCAAAGCCUCCCUCGAUGUGAGGCCCUCCAUCAUCGGAAAGAAGAAGCCCAUGACUGCUAAGAAAGGGCUCGGGGCUAAGAAAGGUCUGGGCGCCCAGAAGGUGAGCAGUAAGAGCUUCUCUGAGGUGGAGAAGCAGGCGCAGGUGGCCGAGAAGAUGAGAGAGGAGCAGGCUGCUGAGGCCAAGAAACAUGCCGAGGAGUCCAUCGUGGCCUCGAUGCGUCUGGCCUACAAAGAGCUGGAGAUCGACAGGAAGGUGGAGGACAAGAAGAUGCAGAACCUGGAGGGAAAGAAGCGAGAGCAGGCGGAGAGGCUGGGGAUGGGCUUCGGCAACAGGAGCGCCGUGUCUCACUCAGUGAUGUCAGAGAUGCAGGUGAUCGAGCAGGAGACUCCAGUGGGAGCCAAGUCCUCCUCCUCUCGCUCCAAACUGGACAUGUUUGACGAGCCGGGAUUCACCUCCGGACCUCCAAAGUACAAGGACAACCCGUUCACAGUGGGGGACAGCUUUGGGUCUCGGUGGGACACUGAGGGAGGGACCGCCUCCUUCACCACCUCCUGGGCUCUGGAGAAAGACGACCCCAAAGAGGAGGUCACCAUCUCGAGUAUUCAGCCAAUCGGAGAGAGACUGCCCAGCAGAAGGAAAGCCGAGGUGGCGGCUCCGGUGUCAGAGUCCAGCGAGGCCAGGCAGAAGUUUGCCAACGCCAAAGCGAUCUCUUCGGACAUGUUCUUUGGUCGCGAGAGCAGCGCAGAGUAUGACGCAAAGACGAAGCUGGAGAACUUGUCUGGAAGCACCUCCAUCAGUUCAGCUGACCUGUUUGGAGACGGCAGUGACCCCAAAGGACGGGCUGCGGGCUUCGACAGCGUGCUCCCCUCCGGCCCGGACAUCGCUCAGUUCAAACAAGGAGUGAAGACUGUUGCCGGCAAGAUGGCGGUCCUCGCCAACGGAGUCAUGAAUACAAUCCAGGAUCGUUACGGCUCGUACUGAUCCGCCCCGGCAGACUCACAGAGACCUGUGUGAGAUCAGCGUGACGAGCCGGCCCGCCUCCUGACUGACACGAGGAUCAGAGCGACGAGAUGGCGAGAGAGAGAGACGCAGAAGGGAUUGCAUGGGGAAAAGAAAUCGUCCUCCUCGCUCCUCCUCUUCUUCUAGAGACAUUUCUUUCCAGGAGUGAGACAGUAUUCUCUCAUCCUCAUCUGAGUUUUAUUUUCAUAAUGGAAACCAUCAGGUGUAAUCUUUUCUAAAAACCAGAGUUCUGGUGUCGUGUUUUUGGUCUUAGUUUUCAAAAAAAUACGACUUCCGAGUUAUUCUACGAUAUUUUAUUCCUCGUGUAAAGAAAUCAAAGUGUCGCUUUUUGAUUUAUAACCUCAAACUUCUCGCUUCUUUUUUUCUUUUCUUUGUUUUAUUGUGAUAUUAAAAACAGCAGCGGUUUAUAUUUUCAGUUUUUUAUAGACUUCAUUUAAACACAACGUUUGCAUUCAGUGUUUGGUAUGUUCACUGUUUUUUAAUCUUAUUUACACGACACACUGACGGCAAACUCUCCGGAUUAUUUCAGAGCGUUGUGAGCUGAGAUUCUGCGUCUGUCGGGGCGUUAAGUAAACGGGCGUCACCUUCUUCACGUCCAAGCUGCUUUUUAUGACAAAGGGUUUAAAGGAUGUUGAAGUGUUUUUAAACGUGUUCCCUGUUCUUGGAGUUUAAACGACCAUCAGGUAGAAAAAACUUUGUUUGCUUCAGACGACAUCAGAGACACAGGCUGUUGUCGUGGUGAUUUAGGCGCCGUGUUCUCCGUGCAGAAAAGCACUCGUUAGUGUUUGCAUGAAGCGUUUGUGCGCUGAGAAGAAAAGCGCUGCACGUCCGUCCUGUCUCCAUGACAACAGUCUGUAUGACCGACACUGCUCCGUUACUUUUUACUGCAUGUUUUAUAUUCAAGUUUAUUUCCCGAUCAGACACGGAGCGAGGAGGAUGUAGGUACAAGACACGAUUUGUAGGCGGCCAAACUACGGGGAAUAUCAGAUAUUUGGAAAAGAGCGCCGGUGAUGUCAACAGUUUGGCUCGGAGCAGCCGCACAAAAAAGGCGACCCCGCUCAGAAAAGAGACGCUGGGCGCUGCACUUUUUCUCCAGGCGGCCACUUUGUGUUUUGAACGCUCUCCAAUCAUUGAAAACAAUUGAUAAAAAACGCUUGUGCUCAGAAUAAAACGCCAGGUGGACACGGGGCCUUAGACUCCAACAUAUAUUAAUAUGGGGCCCAUGUUUGAAAACGCCAUCGCGCCUUCUUAACACACAAGUUUAAACCGAGCGUGGUAGUGUGUGUCGGACAAAGUGAGACAGCAGGAAGUUAGAGAGUCGUACAUUAAGGACUUUAGAGGUGGUCGAAUCAGUUCUUGUAAAUAUAAACAUGAAGCGAGCACGGAGAGUGGUUCGUCCGUUUGGAUUCAGACGUCCGAUUGGUCGCGCACAAUCCCAGCUCACGACUGUUUUCACUAUGCAUCGCCAUCGUACGACCACGGGCGUCGUCUCAUUGUGACGUCUUUCUCGUUGAAUCUAAAGUCUGCCUCGAGGUUCCUCUGCUCUGUAGAAACAACAGAACUAUCAGUGAGCUCACCUUUUAUUUUAUCCCCCCCCUCUGCAGUUUAAAAGCUUUUAUUUUGAAAGGCUGGCGUCCUUAGUUUAUGUUUUUAUUUGUGGUUUUUAUUAUUCUAGCAGAUGUGAGUAUUUCGGACACUAAAGGUUGUAAACGAGUUUUCUUCAGCAGCUUCUUCCUCGAGAAGUCGUCAAAUCAACUCGUCAUCACGGUGAAAACGGGCGACAUAACCGCGAGAUUACGAGAUAAAUAAGCGGGGAGAAAUUGACUUUUCAUCACAAGAAAAGGGAGAACGCAUAUUUUAAAACCUUCAAAUCGGGACACUUAUUUUCACUGCAGACCCCCUCAAGUGUUGCUCCUCAGAUCAGUGUUCCUGUUAGCAUGAUAAGCUACGCUAGCUAAGCCUUUGAUUGAAACAUGUGAAGACCAAUCAGUGUUGAGCUUUUACUCGUGGUGCAUUAGUGAUGUUUCUCUGCCUGUGCUUGUUGUUGUUUUGGUUAAAUCUGGGACAUGUGAGUGUUUUUAGUUAUUUGUGGGGACUCGGCGCUUGAAAACAGGACGCUCCCGGUCAGAUGGGGACGUAUGGUCACCCCUAGCUUAGGGCUGCCGCAGUUUAUACCCGUGUUGUCACAAUAUCCGAAUUUAAAUUCAGACACGACUCAAGUAAAAAUCAAACUCUAGAAACAUGUUUUAAUAUCAUGUUAGUGAAAAAAGGAAUCAAAUAAAGUUUUGUGUUUUUUCCCCCAGAAACUGCAGACAAACUCGACUCGAUCGAUCAUUUAAAAGACAGGUCGUAUCAAAACAUUUAGACAGCUUCCUGAUUUAUACAUCAGUGGACUCCUUCUCUGAGGCAGAAUCCAAAUACUCUGAGGGAGUUCAAAGGUUAACGUGACCAAAUGAAGUCUCUUUGGAUCCGGCUGAAUCAUAAUCAGAACGCCUGAGGUCCUUCUCCAAGAGUACCGACCUCCAUCUGUGAAGCGGCUGGACUUCAGUUUGUUUUCAUUUCUAGAAUAAAUUUGGAGCUUCAUCCAAAAGCAGCUGGACGUAAUUGAAGAAGGAAACAAAAACGGUGAUUACAUGCAGGCAGAUAAAAACAACAAAAUCAGUGUGAGAGCUUCCACACAUCACUUCUCUCUCUCUCUCUCCGGCAGACUUUUCAUUCAACGAGUUAUUUAUGGAUCUGUUCUCGGAAGUCGAGACGUCUGGAAACCGGUUUGUCGUAUUUUCCCCGUUAAUGUGUCCCACAAACCCUCGAGGACAAAUGACCUCCAAUAAAGAAACAAACAUGGACUGAAAGGAUGAAACUAUUUAUUUGUAGGUUACAAAAAAAAAAGGAAAUUAUUCAGUAUGUUAAUAAAGAUGGAAAACCUC